AUAAGAGGGUGUGAGUGUGUUGAAGCUUUCAUGACAUGAACAGUGUGAAUAUACUGGAGAUCUGCUGAUCUGUUUGCGUCACCUGCGAGUAUCUGCAGUAAACACGGCUGUUGAUUACCUGAGAGAGAGAGAGAGAGAGAGAGAGAGCAGCGAUGGGAUUCCGAAAGAAGAACAAGAGUCCGCCUGUGCUCAGCCACGAGUUUGUCAUCCAGAAUCACGCGGAUAUGGUGUCGUGUGUGGCCAUGAUCAUCCUGCUAGGACUCAUGUUUGAGGUGACAGCAAAGUUUGCAAUCAUGUUCAUCACCAUACAGUACAAUGUUACUCAAAGCCUGGAAACAGAGGACAAGACCGAGCCGGUGAAUUACAAGUACGGUCCCAAAGACAUUGCUACUGUGUUCUUUUACCUGCUCAUCGCUAUAAUUCUGCAUGCCCUGAUUCAAGAGUACAUACUUGAUAAAAUCAAUCGUCGACUACAUUUGUCCAAAACAAAGCACAGUAAGUUUAAUGAGUCUGGACAACUGGCUGCUUUCUACUUGUUCUCCUUCAUCUGGGGCUGCAGCAUCCUUACCAAUGAGGAAUUUGUGACGAAUCCAACAUUUCUUUGGGAAGGCUAUCCUCAUACCCACAUGGCUUUCCAGGUGAAGUUUUUCUAUAUCUGUCAGAUAGCUUACUGGUUCCAUGCACUUCCUGAACUGUAUUUUCAGAAAGUACGAAAGGAAGAUAUUCCUCGCCAGUUGUACUACAUUUGCCUUUAUACCUUUCACAUUGCUGGUGCCUAUGUCCUCAAUCUCCACCGUCUGGGUCUAGUUCUUCUGGUGCCACAUUACCUGGUGGAGCUGCUGUUUCAUGCCUCACGACUCUUCUACUUCAGUGAUGAAAACAAGCAGAAGGGGUUCACGCUCUGGGCUCUUCUGUUUGUCAUCACUCGUCUUCUGACACUCACCGUCUCAGUUCUGACGUUCGGUUUCGGCCUGUCCCGCACAGAUAAUAAGGGAUUCUCCUUAGCAGAAGGAAACUUCAACGUGCUUACAGUCAGGAUGACCUGCCUGUCAGCCAUCUGCCUGACCCAGGCCUGGAUGAUGUGGAAAUUUAUCAAUUUCCAGCUAAAGAAGUGGAGAGAACAAACUCAAAUCCAGGCUAGCAAGAAGAAAGCCGUCAGCCCAAAAAGCAGACCCAGCAAGAAGGACACUCGGGGUUCAGUCAAUGGAGUCAUUAAACCAGAUUACAAGACAUCACCAAGAGCAAGAAAAUCUAAAUCCUCAUAAGAGCAAAGAGAGUCAGCAGGUGCCCGAAAUGUGAUGCUGUGUUUCUACUCUGAACUCCGUGAAACAGAUAUGUUUACAAAGCAAAGAACCACAGGAACAAACUAAGGAACUUAGUUGUACAGCAUGGUUCAACCUUUAAUUUUCUCCUGUUUUUCCUGUUUGCAUCUUUAAAAAGCACUAUAAAUUUAUAUUCAUGAUAUCCAUUAUCUCAUGACUUCUAGUAAGAAUGGGAGGUUUUCAGAAGCUUUUAUGAUUUGCAGAGAAUGCUACAAAGAAAUUAUUGCUCAAAAGAGGAUGUUGCACUGUGUUGCUGGUGCAUGAUAUAAGGGCAUUCCACGUUCACUAACUGAAUUCCCUUACAAAAAUCGAGAGUUCUGGCAAACUUGCUGCAAAUUCCCAAUCAAUAUUUUCCCAUCCAAAUGAGCUUUGCAGUAAGCUCUUCAUUGUCGCCAAAGGUUUGCUGCUGGUUCACCACUACCUGUGAAGAGCUGCAAACAUUUGCGGUGAAUCUCAAGCUCAUUUGCAUGUUAAAAUAAUGAGUGGGAGGCAAGUUUGUCACAAUGUUUUUGUAAGGAAUGUGUUCAGAACCAUUUUAUACCCUGAAAACUCAGCCCUGAUGCUUACAAAUUUAUGCCGGCAUAUGCUUUGUAUGAAACACUUUGUGUGAUUGGAAGCAUUUUGAAAAGUGUCCUUUUUUCAUUGCCAACCUUUAGGCCCUCAGUCCUUUACGCUACUAUGAAGCUCUGUUAGAAAAUAUUACGUCAAUAAAAAGGAGCUGAGGUGGCAAAGGACUGUUAAAAACUGCUAUACAAAUCUGUUGUGUUUUUAUAUAGCUUUUAAAUUACCUCAGAUGUGUAAUUUUUUGUUUAGAAAUCGAGAGUAAGAGCAACCAUUUUAGGGUUUGUUUUCAGUGUUCAAAUGUGUUUGAACUGAGGAGAAUCUUUUGCUGGCAUAGUUUUUAGUGACCUUGGCCACAGUAGAGCUAAUUUGACCAGAGCUCCCCCUGCAGGUUUAGAUGAUGCCAACAACUUAAUUUAGAGUCUUGUUUUGGUGUUCGAUUGCAUUUGAAUGCUGUUUGAGGAAAAUGUUUAGACGACAUGGUUUGCUGUGACAGCGGUCGUGGUAGAGCUAAGUGCAUUAAGGCUACCCCUGCAGGCUUGGAUGAAGCAGAUACAUGAUUUUAGAGUAUAAUUUCAGUGUUUGAUUGUGCUUGAAUGCCAUUUAAGGAGAAUCUUGGCGUGUUGGGAGAAAGGUGCCUCUGGUUGUUUGUUGCAAGAUACUCUGCUUUACAGGCUCCAUAUGUUUAGGAUUAGUGUGCUGCCUCCCAGGAAAAAACUGAGGCCACUUUGUACAAUGGCCAAUCUUUUGGCGGCAAAGUUUAGCGACUGGUUGCGGUAUAACUAAUAGGCUUGGGUGAUGCCUUGAUUUAUGGUCUUGUUUUGGUGUUCGAUUGCAUUUCAAUGCUGUUUGAGGAGAACCUUUUGACGGAAAGAAUUUUAGAGGUAAAGCAGGUUGUAAAGACUCCCUCCCCCUGCAUGCUUGGAUGAAAAAUUUAGGACAAUGUAAUUUAGGGUCUUCAUAUAAGUGUUUGAAUGUGAGGAAAAUCUUUUCUUUAGCAACAGUGGUCACAGUAGAUUUGGUUGUAUAAGGGCUCCCCCUGCAGGCCUGGAUGAUGCAGUGCAUGAUGAGUUUCUUUAAGGGUAAAUAUGCCCCCCUUUUUUCUUUUUUUCUUUGCAUUUUACCCCUCAAAGGGGUUCACAUGGUAAUGGAGGACCAUUGAAAUGUUUGGUGCUUAUCAUGGCUACCAUGUUUUACUGAUAUAAUCCAUAUGCAUCGAUAGUGAUAUCACUGUUGUUUUCAAUUGUAAAUAUGUGAUAGAGUAUUGGAGCUAAUUGUUGUGUAAUGGCAGAUUUUAUUUUUCAUGCAAAGGAAGCCAGCCUUUUAGAAAAAAAAAAAAAACAUUGAAAUUAGUGAAACGUUUUCAAUCAAGGAGAGAGAUUGUUUGCUGUUUCUGAAAGUUAUACGUUUAUGAAACUCUGAAAAGCUGUUCCUAUGUGAAAGAUAAUGGAACAUGAGCUGUUUUACUACACACAUCUGUGACCUUCCUCCUCUAGUUUGGGUGGUCUUUUCUCUGUUAUGUAUCACUUUAUGUAUCUAUAACUUUGAUGUCCAUGCCUGUCUGUGUCUAUCAACAUGAAUGGGGCUGCUGCAGCAGUUCACAUGAAACCAUAUUCUUUAAGUGUCCUUAAGAUAAGAACAGUAGAAGCUGCAGUCUUCUCAGUUAAAGCACUGUUGAUGUCCCUGUUAUGAGUUUAUUUGCCUGUGGGUGAGGGGAGUUGGAAUGGCUGUGCACAUGUGUGCAUGUUGCGAUCUAUGGAAGAAUCGUCUCACUGUACGGUUUGUUGCUUAAUAGCAGAAAUAAUACUAUAGGCACUAUAACAUGUCUGUUAAAAUGUUCUGGCUUUAAGUUUCUUUUGAAAGCAAGAUGCAAACUGCCAAUUUCAAUCAUUUCGUAAUGCCUUUGUAAGCGUUUUCACAUGCAUUUAUACACUUGCGUCCGAUGUAUUGCCAUGAAAAUAUGUCACACUGCACCCGAAGAAGCUCGAUUUACUCCAAAUAUUAAAUAUAAUUUAUUUUUUGAGAUUUAUUUUUAGUUAUUUUUUUUACUUGAAAUAAUACCUGUACAUGUUUGUGACAGGUUUUGUGUGAUUCACCACCUUGCUUGUUCUCAAUUCAGGGUUUUAAAAGUAUGCCAUUUGGGCUAUAAAAGGUAGUACAUCAAAUGUUUUGUCUAAAUGCCCUUACGGAUGCAUUUUCCAUGUAAUAAAAAAACAUUAAACUUUGGUUUAAUGCAAAUCUGAUUCCUGAGAUUCAAGUUGGUGCUGGUUCUUCUUUAAUAUGUUAUCUUGGACAUUUGAAUGAAACCCCACACACAGACUCGCACUCACACACACACACGCACACACACACAUUUACAGAAGAAUCGUAUUGCUGUCUGAUGUUCAGCAAACUAAAGACAAAAAUAAAAUGUGUUGAUUAUAUAGAGUAAUUCAGUACUGAAUAUGUCAGAUUUUUAAACUAUUUUUAUAAAGUUGGAAAAACUUAAGAGAUGAACAUUAUUUAGAGCAUAUAAAUAUUUUCCUGUUUUAUUGGUUUAUUAUUUUUAUACUGUGUGGGGGAACAUUUCUACCAUUUUAGGGGUUGUAAAGUGAGAUGCAAAUGAUCAACACCAUUAAAACAAAAACGUGUAGUGGGAUACUUUUUAAUUUGCAGUGGUGUGCUAUUUCAUUUGGGGUUAAAACAAAGUAAUUUAAACAAUGAAAACCUGAAUUAUAUGUCUUUGUUUUUCAUUUUGACUUGUGGAAUUUGACAAAUUUCUCACACCCUCUCUUUCUUUCUUUUUCUUUGUUCUUCACAUAAGAGACUCUAACGGACAACUGUGGUGUUUAUGAUGUGGCUUAAUUGUUCAUUAUUUUGUGUGUGUGUGUGUGUAUAUACAUACAUUUAUUUAUUAUAUAUAUAUAUAUAUAUAUAUAUAUAUAUAUAUAUUCAAAAUACUAUAAGUAGUUAAAUUCACAAAAUACAAACGUUUUACAAUGAUAUUUGGACAGAGUCUGAUUAGCAUAUACAUUCAGAUAUUUAAAAGAACCGCCUGUGAAAUUAAAAGAUGAACCAAAGCCUUUUCAAAUAUUACAACAGAUACACAAAACAUAUUAAAUUAUUUUCAACCAUGCUUGUACAUAUUACAUGUAGUAUUUACUUUUCUGAUGCUUGCCUUUAUGUUGAGAUAUAGUUUUUUUUAAUAUAGAAUGUUAUUCAUAUAUGUAUUUAUGCAAGUCUGUGUGAUGCUUUUUGAAUGUUUGUCCUUUAAUUAAACCUUUUGCUUA